UUUAGACACAUGUAUUAACCAGCUAACCGCACAUGUCCAAGCAGCGUUCCAAACUCGACGCUAACCAGGGUACAGGCAUGCUCGAAGGUUAUAUCUGGACGUCGCGACAACCCAAGAGUCAAAUCAUGCCAAAAAAUCGCUAAGUCCUUUCUUCUACUUACUUCACAUCAUGCUCAUGUUUGAAGAAAACAUCAUACGCCUCGAACUCCCUCUCAAGUACCCAGAAACGAUACGCAUUACGUUUAUUCCAGACGUACCCGGCCCCCUCACAAUUGAAAUCAUACCAUCCACUUGCACGACCACGAAAUCUCCCGACAUGCCCAAGGAAAAAUCGCUUCCCCAAAAUUCGCGAACAUUUAUUGGUCCAGGAAUCGAUAACUCUCCUAUGAAACCAUCUGCCCCCACAAAACCCAUCGGUAACGUCAUUUUACGUCCUCCGACAACUCAUAUAGAUGACUUUCCUGCCCCAGAUGAUAGCGUCACGGAGCCCGAGUCUGAAGUAGAGCAAGGAUUUGUCGAUGCAGCUGAUAAGACCAUUGUGAAUACGAGCGCUGGUAUCAAACGCCCAGGCAGUCCUCUCAUUUCGGGCAAGCUCCGUACUACUAGAUACUAGAUGUUGUAUAUAUGUGAUUCUGCAUGAUUAUAUACCAGUUGCAACUUGUC